GAAACAUUUCGGAGGCUUGCGACAAAUCAUUGUCGAACGGCCGUCACAUCCACUAAAAGAGAAGUGGUGAAUGCUUCAUACGCUGAGUUGAACAGCGAAUUGUGAUAAGGUUCAAAGUCGCGUUAACCAACAUGGGAAUACUAUCAACACGAUCAUAUAAGUUUACUUGACAAAGAUGGCUCUAAAAAGGAUAACCUCAUGAACAUUUUCAGUACAUAUGGCUGCGCAAGACCCGUGAACAUGUUGCUUGCUAAACGCGCAGCGUGGGUUCUUACUUCUUAUGGAGGGAGUGAGCCAAAAAGUUGUAUGAAUGAACCGUAUGAGACAGAUGCAACUUGGAAUUUAUCGAUUUUCAAAGCGACAUUUAUGCUACGCAACUCAAUAAGGACUGGUACAUUACAGACACAUAUGCUGCUUAACAGGACAUUGCUUUCCCUAGGGCUGGUACAUCUGAAGCACAGAUGCUGCUCGAGAGUACGUUGGGUUUUCCCAGAGUUGAGCGGUUUGAAGCAUCUGCGAAAAUAUCCACUUAGCUUGGCAGCAACCCAUUCAUCGGCCUGA